CGGAGGGGGACGUAGACGGUGCCGCCUCCACGUGCUUCCCGGACACUAUUUUUUUUUUUUAACGUGCUUUAAAAAAAUGAGCGUUUUGAAGGCGUGUAGGAUAAAUCGAUUUAUGUCCUAACAGGGAUUUUUUUUCUUUACAGAAGCGUUUUGGGAUUAUUCCCAGAAGUGAAAGGUUGCUCUGCAAACAGUUUUCCUGAAGUAUGGACAAGAGCCAUCUGCAAAGCUCUAAUGAGAUCAUAAUGACGAGCUCCACCGGCUCUUAUCAGCAGGAGCCUCUGACUCCACCCCGGCCCGCCCAUCUGCACUCUUCUUCCUCCUCCUCCUUAUCCUCGCCCUCUCCCUCCUCUUCCUCCUCGCCGCUCAAGCCCAACCAGGUGGGCCAGGUCAUCCUGUACGGCGUCCCCAUCGUGUCGCUGGUCAUCGACAACAACGAGCGGCUGUGCUUGGCACAGAUCUCCAACACGCUCCUCAAGAACUACAGCUAUAAUGAGAUUCAUAAUCGCCGCGUGGCUCUGGGCAUCACCUGUGUGCAGUGCACUCCCGUCCAGCUGGAGAUCCUCCGCCGGGCUGGCGCCAUGCCCAUCUCGUCACGCCGCUGCGGCAUGAUCACCAAGCGUGAAGCCGAGCGGCUCUGCAAGUCCUUCCUGGGAGAGAACGCGCCGCCCAAGCUGCCCGACAACUUUGCCUUCGACGUGUCGCAUGAGUGCGCCUGGGGCUGCCGCGGCAACUUCAUUCCGGCUCGCUACAACAGCUCCAGGGCCAAAUGCAUCAAAUGCUCCUUCUGCAACAUGUACUUCUCCCCAAACAAGUUUAUUUUCCACUCCCACCGUACUCCAGAUGCCAAGUACACCCAGCCCGACGCUGCCAACUUCAACUCGUGGCGACGACACCUCAAACUCAGCGACAAGCACCCAGCCGAUGAGCUAGUCUACGCAUGGGAAGACGUCAAAGCCAUGUUCAAUGGAGGCAGCAGAAAGAGAGCGCUGCCCUCCAGUCAGUGCGCCUCCAUCGGGCCGAUGAAGAGUCUCCCCGGUACCGUGGUGCCUCACAUGAUGGGGCCCGACCUCGGCGCUCAGAAAAGAGCCCGAUUUGAAGACGAGGACGAUCUGGACGGCGGCAGUCUGUCACCCCGUAAGACGCCCCGCAGCUUCCCCGUCAUCCCCGUUCCAAGCAAAGGCUUCGGCAUGCUGCAGAAGUUCCCUCCGACCUCGCUCUUCCCCUCCCCUUAUCCCUUCCCUGCGUUCGGCCUCUGCCAGCAGAAAAAAGAGGACAGCGAGGUUUCGGCCGGGCAGAAAGGAGCAGGCCUGUCGGGCCUUUUAUGGCCGGGCCGCAAAGACACUUUCUAUCCUCCUUUCUGCAUGUUUUGGCCACCGAGAGCAGCGGGAGGGAUCCCCGUGCCCACCUACCUGCAGCCCCAGCCCAGCACCCUGUCCUCCCUAGCAGACAACCCGUCUCUGAGGCAGGCCUUCCUGGAUCUGUCAGACCCCAGUGACUCUGGACCGGUGAGCGGCAGUGGGAACGGCGUCAGCAGCAGCAUGGGCCCUGGAAGCGGAGCCGCCACGCCCAGAUCCGGGCUGUUCGACCCGGAGUGCGCGGCGGUGACCCCUGACCUCCGCCCCGUGACGUCAGAGGGCUGGCUCAAGCUGCUGGACACCCCGACGCUCCAGGCGAGGAAGCCGAGUUACGGCUCCGCCUUCCGCCCCGUCAUCAAGGAUGCGGAGAGCAUCGCCAAGCUCCACGGCAACGGCGGAGGAGUCGCCGGGGCGACAGACGAGGACUUCGGGGUGACGGUUGCCGGGUCGGACCGACACCAGCGGCUGUCUCCGAGCAGCAGCUGCAGUUACGGGAGCGAGAGCGGCGGCGACGGAGAAGCAGAGGGAGGAGAGAGCGAGGAGGAAGGGGAAGUGGACGUGGAGUCGUCGAAGCAGGAGGACGAGGAGGAGGAGGGGAACUUCACGGGCCGGCCGCCACAGACUCAAACCAGCCUGUACCUCUCGGCGCUGAGCGACGGCGCCGGAGAGGAGAGGGGGAAGGACAGGGGGAGUGCUGCCAUGUAUCCCAGUGCCUCCCCCCGAUCCAGCACAGAUCCCAUCCGCCAGGAGUCCCCCAGCCUGCCCGCCUCCCCUCCCGCCAGCCUGCCUCUCUCCAGCUCCACCCCGCCUCACCGGGAGGACACAGCUUACAAAAACGUUCACAAAAACAGGGACGAGGGACUACCUGCAUACGCAACCAAAGACAGUUCCAGCAUUUCUGAGGAAAACAAAGAGCAGCACAAUAGUUUCUUUGUACCGGAGAGCGAGACGUCAGCGCCGGACUACUGGAGGGACAGUUCAGGGGAUCAAAGUCAAGGUGCUGCCUCGCCUGUGCCACUGAAAAAAGACGUGGAGAAUAUGGAGAAAGAGGAGCUCCAGAAGGUUUUACUUGAGCAGAUUGACUUCAGGAGACGACUGGAGCAGGAGUUUCACGCUCUGAAGGGCACCUCACCGUUCCCUGUCUUUCACAAUUUUCAAGAUCAGAUGAAACGAGAGCUCGCCUACAGAGAGGAGAUGGUCCAGCAGUUACAGAUGAUUCCCUACGCGAACAUCAUCAGAAAGGAGAAGAUCAGCUCUCAUCUCAACAAGUAGCUGAAUGGUUAACUCAACCAAAAUCAAGAAGUUGAAGAUUGCUUUGAUUUUGGUGAACACCCCCCCCCCCCCCUUUUUUUUUUUUUUUUUUUU